AUGGAGGGCGCUGCCAGGACGCUGGCCUGCCUCGCGGCGGUGGUUCCGCCCGCGGAGUGGGCGUCCGUCCAUUUCCAGAACGGGUCUGUUGUGGGCGUCACGCUGGUUGCGGCACUUCCGCAGGAGGUCGUCGAGCUCCGUCGGGGCUCAGAACCCUCGCGCGGCGUCGAGGUGCCACCGCCGCCGCCGAUUGUGCCCCCCGGCCACUCCGUGCUCGAGGUGUCCCUCGCGCUCACGAACGGGUCGUACGGUAUCCGCAUCGGCCUCGACAGCGCCUCGCGCGUCGUCAUCACAGACUUCACGGAACACGAAGUCAUGGCCGCGGGCGCGCUCCGCGUUGGCGACGUGGUCCUCAGCGUACACGGCUUCGACGCGUCGCGCGCGUCCUUCGACGAGGUCGUCGAAAAGUUCGGCGACGCGAAGAGCGCGGACGCCAUGGUCGUCCUCGGC